AUGGCAUUGAUUCCCUGGCUUUGCCCGUACUCAUUUGGCGUCCUAUAUUCUCAUCAGGGCCAUCUGAUACAAAGACCUGUUGCUGUUUGUCCUGAGAACAGUGACACCUCAUCAACAAUACUUCCGCUUGGGCACAAUUCAGAUUGGAAACAGGCACCAUUUUUGUCUGACACUCAAGAGGUCAACAAGGUAAUCUCGUUAUCAUCAGGAGCUCUUGGUACAGAGUGCCUUGAGCUAUUAUCUGCACAGCCAAGAAUACUGGGUUGCUUAGGCCAGCCGUAUGAAAGGAACAUGCAUGAUCAGGUUGAUUCUUCUAAACCAGUUUCCAAUGGAAACACACAUGGAGGAAGCACCUUAAGACAAUCUCGGCAAAGGAAAAACGUUUGUAAUUCAUCGACGGCAGUCCCUCCCUGCCAUGUAGUUGCAAAGUACUCCAGGCCUGUCGCUACUACUCUGAGUCUGAGAUCUGAUUCUGAUACUCUGCACAAUGAUGACAAGCUUUCAAAAAGGAGUUCUAGAAAGAGAGGAAAACAGUGCAAGCGAACAAUCCGCAAAAGACUGAAUUUGGCAUCAGAAACCACUUUUGAAGAGAGUACUUAUGGUGCUUCUCCUGUGGAGGUAGUUCCAACCAAUUUACUGGUUGAUAAGUUGUCAGAGACCAUACCCUCUGCUAGCUCGUUGGUUAAAAAUGAUGGUCAGUGCAACAAGGACUAUGUGGAAUGUGGUAUUAUGUUGAAUUUAGCUACAUUGGGAACUGAUGAGAUGGAUGGUUCUGGAUGUGCUGAAAGCAAUAUCUACCAGAAGUUAACAUGUGCCUAUGUUUAUAACCCCAGUUAUGCAACCACGGAUUCCAUCUUUAGUAGGUGGAACAACGACAACAGUGUGAACUACAGUGUCGAUGUUGAGGCUACCAUCAAAGAUGAAAAUGGACAUGACCAUUCAAAACCAGGGGCCUCCCCAGGGCUGAGCAAUAUGAGGACGGAAUGCCAGUUGAUAGGGUCACAUCUUAGUGCUAGUCAUGCUGAAGAUACAAAUGAUCCUCUAGGAAUCAGAUCAUACUCUAAGGAUGUUACUGAUAGUUGUAGCCAUACUGAAAGGGUUCAGUGCAGCAGUCAGGCAUGCAGCAGCAAGGCCUCUCUUCAAUUUAGUUCAGGGAGGAGGAACAUAAAAUCAAGUAAAACACCAAGCUACAUUGAUUUGACUGCGUCUAACAGAGUGAGAGGUUCUAAUAGGCACAAGAACAAUGGAAAAGAUAGUUCAGCAGUGUGGCAGAAGGUAGAAAGAAAUGACAAGAUGAUAUCUAAAGCAGGACAUUUGAGCAAUUCACCUAUUCAUGAUAAGGGUGCACAUGAAUAUGGUAAGAAGGGUGCACAGGAAGAUCCAACAAGAAUUCGGGCAAAACACAAUCAGAAUAGGAAAGUGUGCAAACAGGAGUCCUCAAAUGGGACAGUUGAACUGGAGCCUACCAAAGAAGAAGAUGCAUUGAACUCAUGCCAUACAUUUUCUGGACCUUUCUACAAGAAGCAAGCACCCUUUCUACGCCAGCAAAGAAGCUCUUCUUCGAAACAAGGUUCUCAGUCAUUGAAAAACUACUAUGCUCCUAGGCAUGGCAUCCCCAAGGCUCCAAAGGAUUACUUGCAGCAAGAAGAAUUGCCUAUGUUGAUGCUAGUUCAUGCCAAGAACACCAGUGAUAGAUCAACGUCAUAUUCAAGUUCAGCUGAUAAAGUUUGUCUAACUGGAGUUGGCAGCAACUAUCCAACUGAGGGAAAUGAGGUUCACAACCUGGGUGUAUCCACCAGUUGGAGCUCCAAGAACUUGUGCACAGAUCCUUGUGCUGCAGAAACAAAGGAAGCUCGAUGUGUGAAGCUACUAACAGAGAAUAAUUCUCAAGAAUGCUGUAAGUGGUAUUCUGCUGCUGGACACUUGUCACAGAAGUGGAUUCCUGUUGGGAAGAAGGAAACUUGCAAUGGGAUCUAUUUGGAUGUCUCAGGUAAUGGUGAGGACAGCAACUUACGUAGUGAAAGGACUUAUAAACUGAACUCAUCUGAACAUGUUGAUUUGAAAUUCCAAGCAGAUAAUGCAACUGAGACCGAUUACAGCAAGAUGAAAGAUGCCAUCAGUUAUGUUUAUGCAGCACAGCAGCGAGUGGAAGACAUCCAACUUCGCAUUGGUAGGCCUAUUGCUGAUUUUGAACAAUUUGUUUACUCUGCUUCUCCAGUUGUGCACUGCAGCCCUUGCCCUGCUGGCUGUAAAUCUUACCUGCAAGAAUGUGUGAAGGAUGGCUUAUGUCUGCAUCAGACUCCAGAUAUCACUCUAAGAACUGUCUGGCAGUGGUACGAAGAGCCUAGCUGCUAUGGUUUGGAUGUAAAGGCACAAGAUCUCCGGAGGUCAAAAGGCUUGUGGAAUAGUCAUUGUCAGUUUACAACAUAUUUUGUACCAUAUCUAUCUUCUGUUCAACUCUUCAGUCAAUCUAAAAGAACCAGUGGUGGAAGCAUUGAUAAAGAAUCAAUCCAUAGGGAUGUGACUUGUGAAACAUCUCCAGACCUGAACCUGCCCCCGAUAUUUGCAAAGCUUUUUCCAAAACAAUAUAAUCCAGUAAACAAAUCAUCUACUUUGCGUACUGAAGAUGAUCAGCAGUCAGCAGAUGGGGAGCUGAUAUUUGAAUUUUUUGAAUCUGAACAACCAUACUCGCGGCAACAGUUAUUUGACAAGGUAAAUGAGCUGAUUGCUGGUGUGAAACCGUCGAAAUGCCAAAUAUCUGGAGACCCAAAGAAUUUGGAGGUCAGCCUGCAUGAUCUCCAUCCAGCCUCUUGGUAUUGUGUUGCAUGGUAUCCCAUAUUCCGGAUACCUGAUGGAAAAUUUCAGGCUGCGUUCUUGACAUAUCAUUCUCUUGGGCACUGGAUUCAUCAGAGCAGCUCAGCCGAUGGGGCUGCUGUUUUGCCAGUCAUAGGCCUGCAGUCUUACAAUGCCAAGGCAGAGUGGUGGUUUGAGAUGAGCAAAUCCGAUUCUGACGGCCCCCAGUCAGCAGAGUCGCAGUCCAGUGAAGCAUCCCAGAUUCUGAAGGAGAGAUUGCGCACGCUGAAUGAGUCUGCAGCGGUGAUGUCCAGGACCAGCGUGCUGAAGAAUGGGCAGAUGAGUAGAAACAUGCACCCAGACUUCGAGUUCUUCCUCUCCCGGAGCUGA